AUGAACAUUAUAAAACAAGCGAAGGCAAAGAAUAUAUUCCUAUUAGAGAAACCAGUCAAUACUUUUAUACGACGAGUGGGUGCAGAACAAUCGAAAAAUACAGGACCUUUGUUGAAAUGUAUAGAUGUUUUGAUAAAUCAGUAUCAACCAGAAUUGAUGAAAAAGUACAGCGUUGAGCACACGGAUGAUCAAUAUGAGUUGAAACAACGGAUCUGGGACAAAUUGAAAAUACGAAGAACAGAUCAAGAUCCUGUUUUGUUGAAACGAAUGGAAUUUAAGCCGAGUGAUAUAUUGUACACAAGGGAAUAUAACAACUUCAUCAAAGUGUUGUACCCUGCGGAUGAUGACCCAUUUCAAUCUAAGUUUACCCCUUUCGACUUAAAACAUACAGCUACAAAGUACCAAAAUAUCAACCACGAGCACGCUUUUAAAAGAUACUCAGAUCUACCCAAACCAGCACCACAAUUUUUACCUCCAUCAAUUUUGCAAAUCUUCAUCAAAAAGUAUGUCUUGAAGCAAAGAUAUUUUGCUAAUAGAAACAUUCUUGAAGGGUGCUUGCUUCGUGGAGAUGCCAAUGGCUUAUCGAAUGCAAUGCGCAAUGAAAAUACACGAAGAGAGGAAUAUCGCAAUCUGUGUCAAUCCGUUUUAAAUGAUUUGAAACAAGCUGGAUUAGAGCUUACGCAACAAGAACAAGUACGAAUGAUAUACUUGACUUACUUUAAAGACAGGCAUGACAUUGUGUCUCUUGUCGGUGAUGACAAAGACUUGGGGUACAAACGGUUCACAUUUGAGGAAUAUGAACUGAUUCUAAAAACCUUUGGUGAUCGCAGAGAUUUGUUGGGGGUGUUGCUUUUCUUAGCAACCAGACAUGAUAGGUUUGAUAUAAUAUGUGAUAUUUUACCUAAAGUGGGUUUGGGUAGUAUUCUAGGUGUCGAGAACAAGAACAACUUGAAAUUGAUUGAUAUAUCUCUCAUCAAUCUACUCGGAUAUUUCCAUACUUUUAUUGACAGAAAAGGAUAUAUCAAGUAUCUUGCAAAUACGAUUGAAGAGUUGAACCAAAUUCCUGUCAUCACAAAUGAAAUUGUUGAUGGCUUGAUUAAAGUUUUGACAGACUUGGAGUUAGUCAAACAUGCAGAAAUAUUGUUUGAGACAGCAUAUUUCCAAACACCCCCAAACAACGAAGAGGAUGAAAUCCUCGCUGAGUGGCGUUAUAUAUAUACCAAAUUGAAGGCCACUACCCAAGACAAAUCUGUGUUUUAUAAACUAUCACCAAAUCAUCUUUCAUUUUUAACCUUGUUUCAAGGUUAUUGCCGCAAGCAAUCAUUUGACAAGAUUAAGCAAUUGAUGUAUGUAAUGGACAACUUGACAAAUCAAAAAAUGAGUACAAAGAUGUAUUUUGAAAUUUUCAAGGGAUUAAAGAACAGAAGUAAUUGGACAAUUGACGAUUUGAGAUUCACAUUGUCCCGUUUAUUGAAUCAAAUUGAUGCAAACAAAGACAACAAUGACUUGAAUAGUCUUCGAAUUCUUUCUGGGAUGGGAUAUUUGGACAGUGCCGCCUUGCAAGGCAUUUGGGUUGGUGAUUAUUGCGCAAGAGAUGCUAGUGAUACAUCGUUAAGAUUAAGCAACUUGCUUUUGGACUGUAUAUUUAUGGCUUGUGUAAAACACUUGCACCAAAUUGGCGAGACAACAAGAAUGGGCUCCAUCGAGAAGGCGAGGAGUAGAUGGGAAAAGAUGGUAGAACCAAAGAAGUUUGGCCCACACGAGGCAGAGAGGCUUUCCUUCAUCAAUAAAGCGGUUUUAAUGGAGAUAGUCACAAUAAUGGUUUAG